AUUGUUUUCAAGUUCAAACGUGUUUUUUCAUGGUUAGUGUAAAUAUAAAUUAAUAAUUUUAAUUUAAACAAUAUAUUUACAUGAUGUGUUUCUACUAUGACAGGUACUCAGAUUUUUUAGAUCAUAUUUUGAUCUUAAGAACCUUAAAUCUGCUCUUUAGUGAAGAUGAUAAUGUAUAUUAUGUCUCUGAAGUGUACUUAAAUAUGUGUUUUAUAUAUAAACUUUUUGGGUUGAGGAGAACUUAUUAUUUUUUGUUAGAUAAUAGCUAUUAGUGGAAAUUUACGACCAUAUUUAUUUGUCGACCGAUGGUAUUAAAUAUUAAUGAGUAUAUGUACGGUCAAAUUUGCCAUUUUAUGUACAAUACUAACUUCUUGCUACCCAUCAACAGUUUGAUGUGGAUAUUGUAUUGUUCUAAGAUUGUAUGUUUACUAUUUGUUUUAUGUUUAAGAGCUUAGGUUUCCGCACUACCAAAAUCUAUGAAUAGUCAUGGGUUUACUGUAUGAUGGAAUUUCUAUAAAGAUAGUUAUACAAAUAUAUUGCUCAAAGUCCUUGUGGUUCUUAAAAUGUUUGUAUGAAUACAAAUUAAAACCAUGGCAACAAUUUCAACGUAGGUUUAUGUAAGAUCACAAGUUGUAUCAAUAUCACUAAUAUUACCUCAAUUCAUAAUUGUACUUUCGAGUGUAUUGUUUGUAAAAUAAUAUUGUGAUAAUAUGGAUUACAUUGAUUUAAAAAAAUUAAGUGAAAUGUUGGAACCACCAUCAGCAAAUUCUUCGGAUAGUGAAGAUGAUCUUCCAAAAUCAUCUUUAGUGCAACUUUGUCGGUCAAAAACAGGAAAAGAUACAACAAUCUUGACAACUGAAUCUAUAAAGAAAACUGAAGAAAAAACUAAAAAAAAAAUUGAAGUAUUACAGUCGGAAGAAGAAAAAGCUAAGAACAUAUGGCUAGAUGAAGAGAUCGUAGCUGCUCCAGAAGCUAUUGACGUCGUUUCAGACAGUAGAGUUAGACCUGAAUAUGAUGUAAAGUAUCAACAAUUUGUAGGAACAGAAGAUGCGUUUCUACAAAUGGGACCAAAGACUCCACUUACUUCUAGUUGUGAAGCGAUGGUGAUUGAAGUAAAAAUGCCUGGAGACCGUAUGCCAGGUAUUUGUACAGAUAUAACAGAAGACGCUGUUGAUAUCCGCAGCCCUAAGUAUAGAUUGCACGUGCCGUUUCCACAUAAUGUGCACAAACAAAUGUCGAAGGCUUCGUGGAACUCUUCGACCAGUACUCUUACAAUAACUGUAUUCCUAAAACGUGAAUACGACGAUAUCAAUUUCUGAUAUGUAGCCAUAAAAAUAAUAUAGGUUAUUAUUUAUCAAUAAAUUAUUCGAUAUUUUUUUUAU